GUUAACAGCAUCUCGCUAAGUGUUUUGUUUUUCUUCAGAAACUGUUUUUGUAUUUUAAUUUUCAGAGUCAAAGUCACAUAUACAAAAAGCCCACUAAUAAGGCUCGUUUAUUUAACUGUUUAAUUUUGCCCACUAUGAAUUAUAUUGGAAAGUUUAUAUCCAAUUUUAAAGAUUUUUACAAUGAGAUUAACUCAGCGACUUUGACCGGUGCUAUAGAUGUAAUUGUUGUUAAACAACCGGACGAGACUUAUUCUUGUUCACCAUUUCAUGUAAGAUUUGGUAAAAUGGGUGUCCUACGGAGCAAGGAAAAAAUUGUUGAUAUCGAGAUUAAUGGAGAACCUGUGGAUAUUCACAUGAAACUUGGUGACACUGGAGAAGCUUUUUUUGUCGAAGAAGUAGAGAACGAAGAUGAACAGCAUUCUGUUCCUAGCUACCUUGCUACAUCUCCUUUACUUGGGCAUUUAAAAGGUGAUGAUUUCGAAAAUCCAUUUAAUAGUGAAAUAUCCAAUUUUGGUGCAUCAUCUUCAACAAAUUCAACUUCGAAGAAACGUCGACGAAAAAAAUCCGUUAAAAAAUCUCCACCAAAACAACUUAACCAACAAGAGCAAGAACAAGUACUUUCAUCAAAUCUUUGUGAUAUCCAUCCAUUUAGUGAUGGUGAAGUUGAACAAUCAAGUUUAGAGUCUUCACUUAAAUCCAAAAGACCAUCUAGUCCUUUAUCUGAUACGGAGUAUGAAAACUCGCGCCAUGAUUCUACCUGUCAAACAGGAGGUAUUGGAAAUGGAGGAGAACAUAUUGAAUGGGGAUGGGGUGAAUUUCCUCGCUCUAAUACUCCGAGUAGUCAAAGUCUCAGUCAUCUAGCGGAAACACUUAAUAUUUCUGACCCAUUGAAACCUGAAAGUAACUCUCAAGGUGCAUCGAGCGCUGAUCUUAUGCCGUCUAAUGCUACAAUGAGUUCAAAUGAGUCAAGCAAAUUGCUGAAUGUCCUUAAGUUCAUUAAGAAAGAAGACACGACGAAAACUCGUGAAAAUAGUGAGAUGGAAGGUGUUUUUCUUGAUGAUCUCAACAGCAUGGAUCCUGAAAAGGCUGGACUUUACCUUUCACCGGGUGAAAGAACUCAGUUAAAGCAGGAACAGCAGCUUAAAAAUGAUCAAAUAGCACAGCAAAAUCUACAACAAACAAUAUCAGAGCCAGUACAAACUCAAUCGCAACCACAACCACAACCUCAACUGCAACAACCACAACAGCCAUCGCAACAGCCUCAACAAUCAGAAUAUCGUAGCUCAUGGUGGAGCUCUUGGACCAGAUCAACUUCAUCAACGUCAACAAAAGCUGAACAAAGUACUGAUCAGGUAGAAUUUGAUUUCGAGAAUGAAUUAUCUGAGCCCGAAAUCGGAGAAUCUGAACAAUCAUCAUCUUCAGAUUCUGAAGAGGAAGAAAAUACUCUUGCUUCUAGUGAAGAUGAAGAGCAUCCUGAAGGGAUUCCUAUUAAGAAAAGUGAUUUUCGUCGUGGUCAUCGUCGUAAAAAUAGUACAGUUCAGUACAAAAAAGUUCUUCGUAUAUCAUCUCAGCAGAUUGCUUCAUUAAAUCUACAAGAAGGUCGUAAUGAGGUUGUUUUUAGUGUGACUACUGCUUAUCAAGGAACCACUCGUUGUAAAUGCUCAAUCUAUUUAUGGAACCAUGACGAUAAAAUAAUUGUUUCUGAUAUUGACGGUACCAUUACUAAAUCUGAUAUUUUGGGUCAUAUUUUGCCAGUAAUAGGAAAAGACUGGGCUCAAUCCGGUGUUGCUAAUUUGUUCAAUAAAAUACAAGACAAUGGUUAUAAACUGUUGUACCUUUCAGCUCGAGCUAUCGGACAAGCUAAAAUAACACGUGAAUAUUUAAAAAGCAUUCGACAAGGUGAUAUUUGUCUUCCUGAUGGACCUCUUUUACUUUCUCCAACUUCUUUGAUCUCGGCAUUUCGUAGAGAAGUGAUCGAGAAAAAACCUGAAGAGUUCAAGAUAAAAUGUUUGAAAGACAUUCAAUGUCUGUUUCCAACUAAUCCAUUUUACGCUGGAUUUGGCAAUAAAAUUAAUGAUACUUGGGCUUAUCGUGCAAUAGACAUUCCCCUUUCUCGGAUAUUUACAAUCAACCAUCGAGGUGAACUGAGAUUAGUUCUUAUACAAAGCUGGCAUUCAUCAUACAAUCGCUUAAGUGACUUAGUGGAUCAAAUGUUCCCUCCUCUUCCUUCAUCUCUAGAUUCUAAAAAUUCAGACUUUCUAUCUGAAUAUACAUCAUUCAAUUACUGGCGUGAUCCUAUUCCAGAUAUUUCGCAAUUUGAGGCCUUGAAAAGCGAGUUAAACUCUGGAUCAAAUAGUUCUUCACAAUUACUACCGAUUACCUGAUGCUGCAAUGAUCCGUUCUUUGUUUUUUUUAUUACCAUAUUAUCACCUUAUAUUUUUAUUUCUACAUUGUAGAUAACAAUUUAUCGUUUGUCUUUUUCUUCUUAUUUUCUUUGUUUGCCAUAAUCAAUCGAUAAACAAAAUCUCUGAAACUUCUAUUCAAAAUCAACAACUCAUUCCUUCGAUCAAUGCUUAUCUGGACAUUAAGCAAACUGUUCCCGGUGUUUAUUUCUCAAUUAUUGAUUGGAAUUGAUUGGACAAUUUGGAUGAUGGUACAAAUGACAUUGCAUUCAGCAAACACCUCAAACGCCUUUGAAACCACAAUCACUGUUAAUAGCAAUUUAUAUUACGAACAAGAUAAUCAAAGUUGGAUUCUCCGGCUGAAUAUCAUCUUUAAAUACGAAAAGUGUUCAAAUGCAUGAUCAUUUCCAUCCCAACUGUCUUUAAUACAAACUGCAAUGAUUUCUCGAGAAAACUCAAUUGAUGAAAUAUGGCAAAGCAACUUAAUGGAAAACAAUCAAGUCACGUGUUGAUUCAUAAUUUUGAAAUGAAAAUGCAAUAUCUUAUUCGAUCGAAAUGAAGUGCAACAAUUUCCAUCUUUAGUCUACUAUUUAAAGUAAAAAACCUUUCACUUGUCAUAUUGAUUCUUUAUAACUCCAAGCUCCAUUUAAAUGUCUACGUGAAUUACUAUGGUCGAUCAACUUGAACCAUUGGAGGAGGAAAGAAACAAAAUUAAUUGAAAACUAAAUUUUUCUCGCCACAUGAGACAAUUUACUUUUGAAUUGUUCACCAGCUAAUCAUGUCUUAAAAAUGAAAUCCCUGAUAAAUUUCAAAAAUACAACAAUACCCAGGCAAAAAGGGCAUUUCUAUACACACAAGCAAUAACUGUGAUUGAAUUAAUGACUUCUGGUAAUCAGGUAUAACGAACGACUUUUCACACUGAAAACUGAAAACCAUGUUAAUCGAAAAUAAAGAAAUGAAUUUUUGAUCAAAGUACAUUUUUACCGACAAUUGAUUGAUAUGGAGAUUGAAAAGAGGGAAAAGUCUUAACCUGACAGAGGAAUGAUUCAAAAACACCAACAACAACUUAUAUCGAUGUGAGAUACGCAAUUACAAUUGAAUGAUAAUUUAAAUCCUGUCUUUCCAUUCCUUUCCCAGAUGAAAUGAACCAGUUGAAACCUAAAUUGUAACCCGAAUCUUCCCAAAUUGCUUGUCUGUUAUGGUCAAUCAUCUGAACAAAAACAAAAACAAAAGAUAGCAAACAUCAUAAAUUGAUGCUCAACAAAAAUUUGUGAUAACCAAAGUAAUUAAUAUGCGAUAUUAACCUUAUUUAUUUUUAUUAAAUGAAAGGUUACCUUCUAAUGUCAACCCUCUCUAACCAUCCUGAUUGUAACAAAUCCUAGUUAAAUCAACUUUGUAUUCACAUAUUGAAAGAUUGAUUAAACAAAUGAGACCAAAAAACGGUGCAAAAUGACACUGAAAGUAAAAUCUUUUUCCAAUUUGACCAA